GUGGUGCUCGCGGUAGGGCGGGGCUUGCCCCUCAGUUGGGGCGGGUCUGACUGAGGGGCAGGUCUUGGCGCGGGACAUAGCUUUGCAGCAGGUCGUGUGUAGGCGGGGCUUGCUGCUGGGCGGGGCCUGCUGCAGCCCCCCAGCGAGGAUUCGGGUUCCCGGCCCAGGGUGCCUGCGUCCCCAUGGGGCUGUGCUUCCCGUGUCCCGCGGAGUCCGCACCGCCAUCCCCGAGCCCGGAAGAGAAAAGAGCAAAGCUCGCAGAGGCAGCAGAACGAAGGCAGAAGGAGGCAGCAUCUCGGGGGAUUUUGGACAUCCAGUCCGUGGAGGCAAAGAAGAAGAAAAAAGAACAGUUAGAAAAGCAGAUGGAAACAUCAGGGCCACCAACGGCAGGGGGACUUAGAUGGACAGUGUCAUGAAGCAUAUCAUACCUGGAGGAGAAUCCUGCCACCAACUCCAGCAUCUUCAGUCAAUGGAUUUCAGCUUUGUCUCCUCUUUACAGAGAUGAAGAGUCAGACUGUAUCAUUAGUGCCCUUUAAUGCAAUCCUAAGACUAAAUAUACUAAUUAUACAAAAACAUUGGUAAUAUUUUUAUUUUCAAACUUACUAAAUAAGCUGGCUUUUCAUUCUAUUCCACUUUACCUGCCUUUACUUUCUCUUCUGCAGAAAGUAACUUUGCAGUUUUUAUAGUUAAAAUAUGGAUCCAAAAAUGUAUAUAUGCAUGGUGUGCCCUGGUCCUGCACAUAUCUCCAGUGUUGAGUUUGCUGCUAUACUCUGCUUUAUAAGUCACCUUGCUCCCUAGAGUCAUGUGGCACAGCCUGCGGUCUAUCUCUGUCUCACUAAAUAGGAAAACUUCAGCUUCCAGACUUAGUGCCUUUGCUGAUCAUCAGGGAAAAUCCUGAAGAUGCAUUUGAAGGAUUUCAGGUGAAGGAAGUCUUUAUUUUUAUAACCCACUAAGAAAUGAAUAUUUGUAAGCAAAUGUUGACUCUCUGCUAAUUUAUUUUCGAUACCUAAGGCAUAUCAUAUUAACUUGAAGUUACAUUUCAGUAGGAUGUCACCUGAGUGACCUGCUGAUGUGUCCUGCUAGAAGCAUGAAAGUCUGUGCAGUGAAGGGAUGAGGCCAACUGAAAAAUCAGGUUGGAGAUAAUGAGUGAUAAUAUAUUUGUCAUAAGCAUUAUAUUAUUCCUUAUUUAUUAAAGAGUAGUUGUAAGAUACAUAUAGACAUGAUGUUGCUAAUGAGAGUAUGAAAGAAAAAUAUGUGGAUUCUGUAUUUGGAAAGUCCAAGCAUGUCAAAGCAUGCAAAUAUCAGGAGGUAACUUGAUGUGCUAGCCAGACAAGAGGUGUGCAGAUCUCCGUUCAUUAGACUUGAUUUAUGACAUCGUGGCUUGUUUUCUUCUUACUAUGUAAUAAGCAAAGAUCCAAGUGUGCAAGGCUGCUGCUGCUGUGGAUGCCAGGACAUUCAGUGCCAACAUCCAGCCCUUACCUUAGAAUUUAGAGAUUCUAGCCAGUCAAGAAUCUCAGUGCAUUAGGCCAAGUCACAGCCAUAAAAAGAAACUGAGCCACUGGCUUGUCUGGCCCUCCCACAAAGUAUCUGACAGUGUGCCACCCAUGUUCUUUUUAAAGAAUUGGAGCUAUAAUAUAUGUCUCAUAAUGACUGAAGUAUUACUUUUCUGUCAUUCAAAAUGUUUCAUGAAUAUCUAGGCAAAAAAUAGAAUUAUAUCAGCUCAGUUUUCUUCAUUUAGAGAUUGUGAUAUUUUUCUUCAUAAAUGACAGUGAUAUCAUCAUCAAUAGGCUGACUUUCAGAAAUAAUUUUUAGCUCACUUUGAUAAGUGAUAUUUCUGACAUAGGAAGGCUGUUUCAUAGCUAAAUGGGGAGAGAGGCAGCACACACCAUCCCUCACCAUAGGAAGCCUUCCAGCUGUUAGCACAGACAUCACAUUUUCUUCCCUUCAUCUUAGAACAUGGCUUAUGCAAAGAGAAGGCUUGCUUCAGUGCUGCAUUUACUGCCUAAUGAGUGACAUACAGGUUUAUUCCUUGCUUGGGAUAUUAGGAUACACUGCUUUUGGCAGCUGUGGGCUGCCUCUGCCGUUCCAAAGCCAUGUGCAUGGUUAUGGCCUCUCCCACAGAUAUGAUGAUGUGCUUAGCCUUCUCCCGAGGCCACACAUGUCAUCGGCACUAAAUGGAGAAAUUGAAUCUCAUGACUGUGAUUGAAAGGGGGAAACAGGAUGCUUGAUGAGAAACUAGGAGAUGGCUAUUUGAAAUCGUGUAGACAUCUAAACAUUUUGUUUAGGUUAUGGAUAGUGAUGUAGAGGUGAGUUUUCGAUAAUUUAAGGCUUAAAUAACACAACCUAACAUUGAAUAUAUCUUCCAAAUGUUAUGUUCAAGUUGCUAAAACAUAAGAAAAACCAUCAGAUGCAGAAAUGUAACUAAUGUAAGCAAGCUACAGUCUUUAUUGUAAUUCUAAAACUGAUGUAUCUGGUGAUAAAAGAGUUACAUAUAUCAUUACCAUUACAGAAGGUCUCUGUGACUGGUAGCAUGUUUUGGAGAUAUCUGUAAAUGGCUUUUUUAUCUGGUUUGUGUUAUGAUUUAUACCUGGAAUGUGAUUUAUUAGUUUUCUAAUAUGUUUUGAGCCCAAUCUUAGAUAUUCUGUGUUGUCUUUGGCUAUAUGAACGAACAUCUUCCUAUACAAAAAUUUCCUUCAGCCAUCUCUUUUAGUAAAUUGUUUCUACUCCAUUGUAAAGAAAUUGUGAGUUGUCUUCGUAGUUAGGGACACAUCCAUGUCUCUGGGGUUAAUAAUGGAAAGUUAACUAAUGACUGCCUGGAGGAGGCAUGUUUCUUAAUCUCAUCUUGUAAAGAAGUAAUGUUGUUAUGUUGUUAUUACUUCUGCUUUUAGAUUAAAAACUAAAUCACCGUGGAAAGGCUCUGUGCAGCAUCCCCAGAACCAUGAAAAGUUAACAUAAAAUUUGAAUUUAUGUUUAACCAAGAAUUUGGCUUAUUUUCACUGUUAAGAACUAUACUGUGUCCUUGAAGAUGAAAAGCAUACUUGUCAGUUUUGAAUAAAGUAUAUAAUUUAACAGAUUGGCAAGAGUUAGGUGCAUGUGCCUGCCUCUUGUUUUGAGAGAAAAAGGAUGUGCCUUAAAAAAUACAUUUUUAGUAAUUCUUUGAGAAUUUCACAAUGUAUUUUUAUUAAAUACAUCUCCCCAGACUUACCUCCACCUCCUUAUCCACUCAAUCUCAUGUGCUCAUUUUUGUUUCUUUUUUUAAAUUAACCAUAGAGUCCAAUUUGUGAUACCCAGGUACUGUUUGUUGUGGGGCCUGCCUUGGAGGGUGGGUGACCUACCAAAAGUCACUCUUAAAAAUGACUCUUUUUCUCCCAAUAUCUAUCAAAUGCCAUUAUCUGGGAGUGGGAGUUCAUGUUCACAUCUCACCUUGCUUGGAUCCUGUCUUUCUUGAGCUUGCACAGGUCUCACUGAUAGUGUCACAGCAGCUAUAAGUUCAUAUGCACAACUUCCCUGCUCUAUCCAGAAAAUAGUUUCCUUGUCUUCAACACCACCCCUUACUCUUAUAAUUGCUCUGCCCCUCUUUAAUGGUGACCUAUGAGCCUUAGAGGGUGGGGUGUGAGAGAUAUCCUAUUUAGAACUAAGAAUUCUCUGGUCUGUUAUUCUCAGAAUGCUAACCAGUUGCAAGUCUCUUUCUUAAUCACCAUCUAUUUCCUUAACUUUUAAGUAAACACCUCAAAUUCCUUUAGACAUUACAUUACACACACACACUGUAACCUGACUCAGAUAUGGUAAUAAGGCCCUAUAUAUUACUUUUCUAAAACCAAUCAUCAAACAUAAAAGACAACAGCACCAACACAAACCUACCUAUAAAAGCCACUAGUAUUCAUAGCAGGCCUUUGAAGUCAUUUUGUAUUUGUUGUUGCAGAAGUGGUCACAACCUGAAGUCUCAGUUCUUCUCCAAUGUAGCUUUUUAUUGCACUGUUCUUCCUGUUCUGGUUUACUUUGCAGACACUGUAUCAGAACAUGACUACCAUAGGUUAAAAACUAAAUAGACAUGAAGGUCUUGUCCUGUGUUCUACUUGCAUUAGAUCCUGAAGAGCACUGCCUGCUUUCAUGGUACUGCUUUUGACCCUUUGACUUAUGUAUUAUUUUAAGGGAAGAAAAAAGAAAAUUUUCUUCUCAGAGAUACAUUGUCCAGCAACUUCUGAAGUAAGCAUUGCAAAUUGGAGAAUUUUUCUUAUAAUGUUCCUUCCUUUGAGCUAAGUUUCUGCACCUAAUUACCUAAUGAAGAUAUCAAAGAAUUCCCACUAUAAAUUUUUCAUGGUAAAAAUGAACAUCUGAACUUAUUACUUGUAGUGGCAUGGGUGCCUUUGCCAUGUGCUGUGUGGGUACUGUACAGGUGUGCUGCCCUCCAUACUUCAGCAUGUCUCUUAGAGGCUGUGUUGCCCCCUGGCCAUGGCCUUGUCUCUGCUUGUUUAUUUCGAUGCUGCUCUCCAUCUGGGUUAUAAGACUAGAUGGAUCCUUAAUCCUUUAUCUCUGCCCUAUCAUCUUGCAUGUUACCCUAGCUGAGAAACUGAUGCUAGACCUCUAAGUCUUCACAGUUCAGUAAGAGCCAUCUGUAUUUGAUCAUGUCCUUCAGGGUGCAGUCCUGUUUUUCUUUAUCCCUGUUGGUAUGGAUCAGCUAGCAGCAAGUCCCCAAUGUCAGUUUUGAACACAUUCUUAGACACACUUGAAAGACCACAGUGGGUAUCAUAUAAAUCGAAUAAUCUUCCAGGUCCUAGCCUUACCACUCUUAAGUUAUUUUGCCUUACUAAAGCAUUUUAAAAGGUUAACCUAGGCAGAGCUGAUCUAAUCACACUGAGUCUUAAGAACUGAAGAUGUUCCCAACAUCUAGCCAAAGGAAAAAAAUAUAAAGAGAUAGGUCUAAAUAAUGUCAUGCCAUGUUGCUCCCAUGGGCCGAGGAUUGCAGAUUGCCUCUGGAAGAUCAAAAAGGCAAGAAAUGGAUUCUUUCCUGAAGUCUGCAGAAAUAAACACAGCUUUGAGGGCACUUUGGCUGUAUCUCAGCAAAACCAUACUGAACUUCUGACAAUAGAAUUGCCAAAGGAUAACUCAUGCUCUAAUGACAUUCAUAUUAUUAUUUUUUGCUAAGCCACAUUUAUUUAUAACUAAAUUUCACCAUUGAAAGAAAAAUUUAGACAUGGGAAAGUUGUAAAGGAAAGGAUGUCAAUAACAAUGCAAAUUUUAAUGUUGAUUUUAAUUGGUAUGGAUUGAGUUACUAAAAUGUCCUAUGUUUCAAAAGACAGUAGAGUUAUUUAUUAUGCCAAGAUCAUUUUAGCUGGCAUAAAAGCUGGAGACUCUAUUGUUAGUUUCUCACUGGCAUGCUUUCCUAGACUCCUGAUGUCUUCCCAGUACCUCUACCUUACAACAUACCUGCUAAAAAGUUCCCCAUGAAUAAGUUGGAUGUUUGACUAAAUUGGUCAUAUGACAUACAGAUGCUUUCUCUGUGAGGUUUUGCAGCAAGGAAGAUGGAUUUUUCUUAUUUGAAAACAGUGAAAUAAUAAGUCAACUCUACCAUUUAAAAAAAUUUCAACUCAACAUUCUUUGCUAUUGUAAAUAAACUCCACCUACAUUCCCCUUCCCCACAUGAAGAUACUCUGCACAGCCAUAACUUGACACUCCUCAUAUUGCUGGCAAAUUAGUAGUUUUGAAGAUUAACUUUAUUUAAGAGUGAAGCACUGAUACAGAGGCAGAUAAUAUGUAGGUUUUUUUUUUUUAACUUUUUGUUUUUUUAUUUUUAAAUCAGUGUGGACAACGUCUUGCUGUUCAUUGAUACAAAACAGCCCUGUCCCGGGUAUACAAGUCUGUAACAUCAUUUACUACAUGAAUUUACUUCAUGAGACAGCCUAGCAGAAUAGGACUAACUAAAGAUAUAUAUUUUAAUAAGAAAAUGCUUGAAAUAAACAAAAUGUUUGAUGAACAAUUUGACUGUGCAGUCCACACAUCAAAAUGUAAAUGUCUGCUAGCUUAGGCACGUGUAUUUCACUAAGUGAUUAUCCUAAACACAGCUUCUGUGUGUGUGAAAGGUACCUGCUAUUCCUAAGGGGCUGCACAGGCAACAUCCAAAAGUACCCCAGAGGUUGGUUUGGUCAGGGAUCAGAGAUGAACUUUAAGGCAAUCUUUCCAAGUCAGUGGAAACAUCUCUGAAGUGGCCUUUCCAGUUAAGUAUUAUGGCUGAGAAAACUCUGUACUAUAUAGUGCUGUCAGACAAUUUUAGUAGCACAUUAUCACAUUGUCAAUUUGUAAAAAAUAGUUAUAAAAUCCCGCCAUUAUAAAAGUUUCUGGGGUGCUUUAGCUCAUAGACAUACAGCAGGCACUUUCUGUUGACCUACCCAUAUAUGUAAAUAUAGUCUAGUCAUGAUCACCUUCGAUGGCUAUACCUAGAACUUAGUUCCUAACAAGGUUUGUUCUAAAUACUAUGUUCACAUAUUGAGAAAUAAUGAUUUGCUUACAAUUUGUCUGAUUUCAUUAAUUUAGAAUUUUUCUCCAUAGGCAAAAUUCUACAGAUGCAUUAAAAAUAAAUAGUGCUACCUUUUGAGU